GGAAAUACGGUGUCAGAUUCACGGUUAGAUCAAAACAAAUAAAGACUAGCUUGUUAGGGAGCUCAGAGUUAUAUUUUCUGUCAUCACCCGGAAUCACAUACGUCUUAACAUGGAUGAAACACUUUUUCAGCUAAAGUUCACCUCCAAGCAGCUGGAGAGAUUGGCCAAAAAGGCAGAGAAGGAGUCUGAAAAGGAGCAGGCCAAGGUCAAGAAGGCUCUGACUCAGAAAAACGUGGAAUGUGCCAGAGUUUACGCUGAGAACUCCAUCCGGAAAAAAAAUGAGGGUCUGAAUUGGCUGCGCAUGGCAUCUCGAGUUGACGCGGUGGCCUCUAAAGUCCAGACUGCUGUCACAAUGAAGGCGGUGACCAAAAACAUGGGCCAGGUGACAAAGGCCCUGGACAAAGCUCUGAACUCCAUGGACCUCCAAAAGGUCUCUGCUGUCAUGGAUAAGUUUGAAACCCAAGUCCAGAACCUCGAUGUGCACACUUCAGUGAUGGAGGACUCCAUGAGCUCUGCAAUGACACUGACCACACCUCAGGAGCAGGUGGAUGACUUGAUCCACCAAAUAGCAGAGGAAAGUGGUCUGGAGGUUAUGGACCAGCUCAAUCAGUUGCCUGCAGGAGCCACUUCGGUGGGCGCAGAGAGCUCACGCAGUCACGAUAAGGAGGACCAGCUGUCUAGACGGUUGGCUGCUCUGCGGAACUGAGAGCUCGUCCAGAGAGAGGUGAUGAAGCCUACGGCUGCGUGGAAGCAGACGAACUUAACGACGGCAACAGGAGCUGCCUGUGUUUCUAUUGAACUGUUCGUACCGGGAGGACUUAAUGAGACUAUUGAUUACCAUCCCCUUGUUCUAUAAAUAUACACACACACACAUACACACACACACACACACACACACAGGAU